AUGGCUGCCCAAGUUCCCACCGAAGCUUUGAAGAAGCUGAACGUGGGAGAGCCCGCGACGAACGGCAAGGCAGCGAACCCUGCUGAGGGAAACGGGGCCGAUCAUGACAGUGACGACUCUGAUGAGGAAGGCGAGGAGGUAGCCGCACCCGCCGCGGGCGGAGCGGCCAAGAAGAAGAAGAAGAGAAAGCCAAAGAAGAAGAAGAAGAGCCCGACGGUCCAGUCCGACCCGCCGCGCGUUCUCAUGUCAUCGCUGUUCCCUCAGAAAAACUACCCUAAGGGCCAGGAGGAGGAGUACCGUGACGAGAACCUCUACCGCACGACAAAUGAAGAGAAGCGCCACCUCGACAACCUGAACAACGACUUCCUGACGGACUACCGUGAGGCCGCCGAGAUCCAUCGUCAAGUUCGCCAAUGGGCCCAGAAGAACAUCAAGCCCGGUCAGACCCUCACCGAGAUUGCCGAAGGCAUCGAGGACGGUGUGCGUGCCCUGACGGGCCACCCAGGCCUCGAGGAGGGAGAUGCCUACAAGGGCGGAAUGGGUUUCCCCUGCGGCCUUAGUUUGAACCACUGCGCUGCGCACUACACUCCCAACGCGGGCAACAAGAUGGUGCUUCAGCAGGGCGACGUGAUGAAGGUUGACUUCGGCGUGCACGUCAAUGGACGUAUCGUUGACAGUGCCUUCACCAUGGCAUUUGAGCCCCAGUAUGACAACUUGUUGCUGGCCGUUAAGGACGCGACAAACGCUGGAAUCAAGGAGGCAGGUAUUGACGUUCGCGUCGGCGACGUCGGCGGUGUCAUUCAGGAGGUCAUGGAGAGCUACGAAGUCGAGAUUGACGGAACGACUUACCCUGUUAAGUCAAUCCGCAACCUCAACGGUCACACCAUUGAGCGCUGGAGCAUCCACGGCACGAAGAGCGUGCCCAUCGUUAAGAGCAACGAUACCACUAAGAUGGAGGAGGGCGAUGUCUUCGCCGUCGAGACAUUCGGCAGUACCGGCAACGGAUAUGUCAGGGAGGACGUGGAGGUAUCUCACUACGCCAGGCGUGGUGAGGGCCAUGCUCCCCUCCGCUUGGAUUCGGCCAAGAAGCUUCUCAAUGUCAUCAACAAGAACUUUGGCACGUUACCUUUCUGCCGGCGUUACCUGGACCGCUUGGGACAAGACAAGUACCUGCUGGGAUUGAACAACCUCGUGUCUAGCGGUAUCGUUGAAGCCUAUCCGCCCUUGUGUGAUAAGAAGGGCUCAUACACUGCUCAAUUCGAGCACGUACGUAUUUUCGUCUUCUGA